AUGCGCACUACGUUGUUAACAAUUAUUUUCUCUGCCUUCCUGGCCAGUGCAUUGGCAGCCAGGUAUUCCAUCACAACUCCAGAAGGGCUCUUCAUUACCAAUGGGGGAUAUAUGGUCGAGGUUACUGAGCCAUCAAACUACAAUCUUUGGUCUAUCGACCAGCUCUCGCAAAACCUUCAAAAAAACUGGCACGUAAUCCAUUAUUUCGGCAAUGGAUAUAUUCGCUUCUCGGAUUUCGUUGAUGGUACAAUUGCGACUGUCGGCUAUGAUGCGGUGAUAUAUACGUUUGAAAAGGAUGGGGAAUAUUCCUAUAUCAUUCCAAUAGAGGCCAAUCAAUCAGGGAACAGACUUGCGUGGACUGUUGAAGAACAGAGUGCAAAUGACAAGAAUCUCCGUGUGAAGCUGCGGCCAUACAUGCGCACACCAAACCAACGUUUCCAGUUAAAUGUUGUGGAUUGA